AUGCCAAUUUCUAAGUCUUCCGGUGGUUCGACAACCAGCACGAGCUCCUCUUCUGCGGAGAAGUCUCUCAACGGGCAAGUGGAUAAAUCUGGACGAAUGCACAAAAGAUCGCGGUCAGGUUGCUUUACCUGCCGUUUACGAAGGAAAAAGUGCGAUGAAGGCCACCCCGCCUGCAAAUCCUGCGCGAACCUAUGUAUCAGAUGCGAAUAUAAACGACCCACAUGGUGGGGCAAUGCGGAGCAAAGGAGACAACAGAAGGAACGGAUCAAGACAAAGAUAAAGCAGACCAAGUCUCUGGAGCGAAGUGGUUCCCUUCAAGACCAUAUGAACCGCGUUCUGUCAUCGCCAAGCUCCGCAGAACACGACUUUAGCCGCCCAAUAUAUGCCGGGAAAUAUGACUCCAGUUUCGCAGCACACUUCUCGACUCCUGGAUUCGUGACGAUACCUUACCAGCAUUAUCCCUACGAAGUUGAUGUCAAAACCGAACGCCAAACAUUUGUAAACGAUGUACCUCUGCGACAUGACUCUUCGGUUUCAACCUUCAAUACUAUGGGGCCACCACAACUGCACGCCACACUUCCCACUUUUGAGUCAGACGAGUGGUUCCAAGAGGAAUGUUUUGAUUCUUCCCGUCAUUUCUCCCAGAUAGACCCAGCCCUAGACGCCUCAGGUAUGGGCCAAAUGCAGGCCUCACUACAAGCUAAUAUCCCCGUUGACGACUAUGACCGGCCGCUUCUGGAUCAUUUCGUGGAUAAUGUUCUGCGCAUGAUUUUCCCUAUUUUGGAGAUACACCAACGGGGCUCCGCACGAGCCCGGUCCAUUCUUCAGUCCCUGGAGACGAACAAGUCCUAUCUCCAUUGCUGUCUAAGUGUGGCCGCCAUUCAUCUCAAGACAACAAGUAGAUUGAAUGGCGAACAGAUCGAUCACGACAUUAUGCGCCAUCGUUAUGAAGCUAUCUCCGAGCUAUGCCAAGCGCUGAACAGGGACUCCGAGCACGAACGUAUUCUUGAUGCGACCCUCGCCAUGAUCUUCUUCCAUUGCUCAGUUGGAGCACCCGAUGAUUAUCUUCCCGAUAUUCCCUGGAACGACCAUUUCCAGGCUGUGACCAACUUGGUUAGCAGGCUCGAUUUGACCAACCAGGUAGUCGCCUGUGGACCUAUGUACACAGUACCCCCCUUCACCAUGUCAUUGACCACCUGGAUCGAUAUUUUGGGUGCAACUAUGCUUGGAAAAACUCCCCAAUUCGCCCACUCCUAUCGCUCUAAGCACCUAAGUGGAACAUCUUCUGGUCUCAGGGAACUCAUGGGUUGCGAUGACCGUGUUAUGUAUCUUAUCUCCGAGAUUGCCUGCCUCGAAUCGCUGAAGAUGGAGGGUCGCGUUGACUCUAUCACUGUUUGCACGCAUGUGUCCGCUUUGGGCAGCCAAUUGGAAUACACCGAAGACCCCGAUCCAACCCUGCAAAGCCCCUACUCACCGGGAACUGGCGCAAUCCGUCCCGAGGCAGUGACCAAGACAAUGACUGCCAUCUUCCGCAUUGCCGCCAGGCUCUACCUGUGCAGCCUCGUUCCCGGAGCCGACCGCAACCAGGCCAGCACCAUCAAUCUCGUCAAUGCCCUCACCGAUGCACUACCUUUCAUCCCAGCAGGACCUUACGGGUUCGACCGUUCUCUUGUUUGGCCGCUACUCAUCGCUGGCGCCUUCUCUACCCCCUCUAGCCCAUUCCGUCAGGUCCUGGAAGACCGUGUGACGGCUUUGGGAGACCUCGCCGAGCUGGGCAGUAUUGGUCGCAUGUAUCAAUUGCUGAAUGAGUACUGGCGGUUAACCGAUGACCCUGUCAGCCCGUCCUUCCCGUCGGGAGAAACCGAGCUUGACGGGGAAUAUCAACCCGUGGAGUUGAGCCAGGAUGCGGCUUCCACUGCUCCUCCGCCUUUGUCGCCUGGAAUGCGGGAAAUCAAGAGGCAGCAGGUUCACUGGCGGGAUGUCAUGAACCGAAAUGGGUGGCGCUAUCUCCUGAUUUAA